CUCUGUUGCUGCUUCUGCGGUUGCUGCCGCAGUUGAAUAUAUUUUUUGAGUUCCACUGCCAUCGCCCUGAACUGUCGACUUGACAACUGCUGGAUUCAGCUUUCGGGUCUUCCUUCUUUUGUCCAUCAUUGUUCUUCCUCAGGCGUCGCAAUGGCUUUCUCUCGCUCUCUCACAACCCUCUUGCGCACUUCUCGGCAUGUUGUCGGACCCGCUCGUGUGAACCCCGUCAACAGAGUCUUUGGCCAUGAGAGAUUUGGUGCUAGAACAUAUGCUGCAGCUUUCACCAGAGACAAGCCACAUGUCAACAUUGGUACAAUUGGCCACGUCGAUCACGGCAAAACAACUUUGACUGCCGCCAUCACCAAAAGACAAGCAGAGCAAGGCUUUGCCCAAUUCUUGGACUAUGGCUCCAUCGAUAAAGCCCCCGAAGAGCGCAAGCGUGGUAUCACCAUCUCUUCUGCCCACGUCGAAUACCAAACCCCGAGCCGUCACUACUCCCACGUUGACUGUCCCGGUCACGCCGAUUACAUCAAAAACAUGAUCACUGGUGCCGCACUUAUGGAUGGAGCUAUUGUUGUGGUGGCUGCUGGUGACGGACAAAUGCCUCAAACCCGAGAACAUCUCCUGCUCGCUCGACAGGUCGGUGUGCAAAAGGUCAUUGUCUUUGUCAACAAAGUCGAUACCGUCGAAGACCCCGAAAUGUUGGAACUUGUGGAGAUGGAAAUGCGUGAACUUCUCAGCACCUAUGGCUUCGAAGGCGACGACACCCCUAUCAUCUUUGGUUCAGCCCUCUGCGCCCUUGAAGGCAAGAAGCCCGACAUUGGUGUAGAAAGGAUUGAUGCGUUGCUCGCAGCCGUCGAUACUUGGAUUCCCGAUCCCAUUCGAGACACCGACAAGCCAUUCAUGAUGCCCAUUGAAGAAGUCUUCGGUAUCCCCGGACGUGGUACGGUCGCUUCUGGACGUGUGUUGCGUGGUGUCCUCAAGAAGGAUUCCGAGGUCGAGAUCAUUGGACACGGAAAAACCCCAAUCAAGAGCAAGGUCACCGACAUCGAAACCUUCCACAAGCACUGCGACGAAUCACAAGCUGGUGACAACUCUGGAUUGUUGCUCCGUGGUGUUCGACGUGAGGACUUGACCCGUGGACAGUGUAUCGUCGUGCCAGGAUCUGCCAAAGCACACAAGAAGGCUCUCGUGUCGAUGUACUGCUUGACUGCCGAUGAAGGUGGACGUAAAUCUGGAUUCGGAACCAGCUACAGGCCUAUGGGUUUCAUCAAGACAGCCACCGAAGCCGUCACUUUGGAGUGGCCUCCGGAGAACGAUGACCCCAACAAGAUGGUCAUGCCCGGUGACAACGUUGAGAUGAUCAUGGAGGUUCACCACGAAACCGUCAUGGAGCCUGGUGAGCGAUUCAACCUCCGAGAAGGUGGUCGAACAGUUGCCACUGGUAUCAUCACGAGAGUUGUCGCAUAAGGUCGAUAUGGUCCGAGCUGCAGCCUUCCAAGACAUGAUCGAAUGUAUGAAGUGGCGCCAGAAUUGAGAAAAAGUGACUGACUGUAUCACCAUGUGUGGGUAAGCUUUGGAUUUGUACAUUUUUCAGACAAUACGCUGCGGAGUUUUGCUUGUCAAAAGUCGCACAUGGAAAUGCGAUAUAUGUUAUGUGUUGGUGGGAACAACAGGUCGAGUUGAUUUGAUGUUCCACGCAUAGAUAAAACCUCUCCACUUCAAUUCGAACAUGUCUUAAGAUGUUUAGAAUGCUUCAGUUUCUGAUGAGAUUGGGAUCGAAUGAACUGAACUACGCCUUUGCCUUUACCAACGUUACG